GCAGUCGCGGAGUCCCCCUAGGACGCCGCACGUGAGAGGGCGCAAGUUAAAAUAAGACCUGUGUUCAGUGUAAUGUGACGUGACGGUGCUGCUUUAAUCGGUCGGCUGGUUACUUGUGAACGGCUUAUUAGCAUAGAUCUGCUUACCGGUUGCGAUGCGUGCGCUAGUGGACAUCUACACUUGAGCUGACACCUGACGCAGCGCUGGCAAGACGCGACGUACGGCCAACGCCCUCGUAUCUACACGACCAGCCGACCGUGCUGCCAUCUAUCCCUCCGGAUGAUUGUUCCGAGGCGUGCCGUUUGACGAGUUUUCGCGCGGAACAGACAAGUCCAACGCAACCGUUCCGGCUAUGCUUGUUGUGACUAGUCUCAAGCUGCCGUGAUGAAGAUGGUGCUAGUGAAUUUGGGCAUCGUGCUGCUGGUUAUGUGCCAUGUCGGAGCCGCGGAAAUGUGGUGCUAUUCAUGCAUUAGCAACCAGCCAGGCUGCAAGGAUGAGGUAAACUGGCUCAUUCACCAUGCCAUCACGUGCCCCCGAGAUGAUGACAAGUGUGUCAAGAUCAUCGAACGCAAAGGCUCGGAGGUGUUGUACACACGGGACUGUCUGUCCAAUCUGGAGGCAUAUCGGCAUGACAUCCCGGCAGACACCUACGAGGGCUGCCGACCUGCAGCCGAGAGCCCCAAGCUGGCCGUUUACGUUGACAACAACAUCAAGGAGCUCGAGCUGAAACGGGACUACUACACGUCUGUGGAGUACUGCUUCUGCGAGUUCUACUACUGGUGCAACAGUGCACAUAGCAGGAUACCCACGAUGCCCCUCCUUCUGCUACUGCUACCAUUGGCAUUGUUGCUGGCAUGGGACCCAUGAACUACCCACCACGAUUGCUGCACGAAUCUAGGGUUUGCAGCUCUGUAUGCUGCAUCAAUUUGUGCGGAGCUGGCACUUGAGUGGAGCAUCCGGUGACAUGUUUAAUCAUUCCAAUGCUGUUUUAUAUGCAUCGCAGAGAGGUUUGAAUCUCCUAUAUAUCAGCAAAUAAGUUCUAUAGUGCACGAGGCCAAACUGCAUGUCAUGCAAAUGGGCCCUCUGUACACUUGGCUGAUGCCGGGAAAGGCAGGCGAUAAAAAUAGCUGAGCAAAGUGCCCUCACACUACUCUUAGAUCGAGAGCUUUGGGAACUAAACAAAAUUCACAGCAUUGACAAAGGAUAUUUCAGCUUGCCCUCGGUAGCCUUUUUGCUUCGACAGAAUUCCAUCAGCCCAUCGGGGAGACCAAGCAACCUUUUUAAAAUACUUUACCUAGGUUGCUGGCGUGCCUUUUAAUAAUGAUGAGCCCCAGCCGAAGCAGGUGAGCAUGUUCGCACUUAGUUUUUUACGUGUGCAAAAAAAAGUAUUAAACACACAAGCACAGUGUUUGAGGAACAGUGGUCCAUUUUCUCCUGUUGUAAGGAAACCCAUCUGUACCUUUUGUCAACAGUUGUCCUCUAGCUUUCUGUUUGUCGAGCUGGCACAAAGAAAUGCCUGCUGAUGAUGCAAGCAGUUCUGCAGAAAGCACAUAAAGCCAAGGUCAGUGCAUACUUUCCUUGUGAGGUGAACCUCCAGUCUCCCAGUGGCAACAUUUAGAAGUUACAAUUGUGGCUGCAAAUACCGAUAGAGCAUGUCCAUGGGCUUUACUAGCCACCACAAAUCCAUACAUGUGUCACAUGUGCCAGUGUCACAUGGGCACAGAAAAUUACUUUAACUGGUUAAUGCUUUAAAUUUGAAUGCCAUUUGCAUUAUGUCACAUGGACACACUUAAUAUUCAUUAUUGCAUGUGUUCUCUAGAACUAAUUCAACCGAGAAAUGUAUAGUCUCAAUGUUGUACCUUGCACAGUAGAAUAGUAAUUGAAAUGUUUGAAACAGCCUCUAUCGUGAAAAAAUAAAAUAAAAAUAAUUUAAACAUAACUUUCAACUACAACACUCUUAUCAGAAGUUGUACUUGGAAAACUUUCUCUGGCCAGUGCUACAACUUCGAUCCGGCAGGUGCCGUUUUGCUUGUGGGCUUCGAAUUCCCCAUGCACUCGCUGAAGUUUUUAUGGUUGGUUGCUGCAUUGUAAUAGACAGCUGCAAACUCAUGCUAACAGCACCAUAGUAUGCUUAUUUUUUCAUUAGAACCCCGAGAUUGGCCGCUUCAGAAGAUAGUCACUGACAUAAUCAUGUCAAAUGCCAUUAAAUUUGGACGUGUGGCAGUUGCGGUGAAAAAAAUGCCGUUAAAAGACCUCAGGCAUUAACGGUUUUUAAUCACUUUUUGUGCCUGUGUGGCACACAUACAAGUGAUCCCGUGGGUGCUGCCGUGGCCUAGCACGGAGAGCCUGUGCCUGUUUUGUUUGUGUGUGGCGUUGCUGAUUACGCUUUGUCUCAGCUUACAGCAGGCUGAACAUGCUGUUACAUUACCGACUGUACCAUCUGUAAAAAAAUUUGCUAUGCAAGCAUAUCCUGCAUAGUGAAUUGUGGUUGAGCUUCUGGCUCAUUUGGCCCAUUAUUCGAAAACUUCACUGCCCCCAACCAGAUACAUUUAAAAAAAAUUCUAUACUUGUUUCACAACAUAUUUGUUCGAUACCUUACAGGGUGUAUUCAUAUAAGCUUGGCUGGGCAUGUCCGGUGACCAUUUUCAGUUUUGGUGAAAAGUUCUGUUUUGCUGGCCAAGCGUCAUGGGAAAGAGAAAAAAGUUUUGUAAUCGAACUUCAGCCAGAUUUGGUAUAAAUGCUUAACGAAAAUUGCUGAACGUGACCUUGCUCAGUGGUAGAACAGCCAUUUCACCUUUCGGUGCAGGGUCCAAUGCAGGUGUCUUACCAUACACCAUACAAAGUUUAACUGAUAUAAUCUGUAUGUUGUGGAGAUGGGUUUGUGCGAGGCUCACCCUGCAAGCGCGGUCGGGAAAAGAUGCGACGCUCCUCCACAUUGCAAAGCACAAAGGGCGCUACGGCCGGGUUUGUCAAUACCGCACAGAGAAGGCACGGACACCACAGACAGAUCAUCAACAAACGUGUGUUCAUUAACCCAGGAUGCAAGACAGUGUGACAGUCACGACUGGUGUGCAAAUGGCUCACCGCAAGACGAAUCAGUACGCGUGCCUGCACUGAACAUCAAUCUACUCAUGUGAUACCGUGAAAAUUAGGGAGUUUUCGAAUAGGGGCCGCAAAGGUUUCGCGGCAGCAAAAAAACAAAGAAAAUUAGUGGCAGCGCCACUGCGCAUGCGAGAGAUGCAAACAGGGUUUUGCAUUUGUGUUGGCGACUAUUUCACCAAAGUAGCGCAGUGACCCAAGCUCAAUACAGAACUUUUGCGAUAAGAAACAUGCCGUCACUCAUCCAAAUGCUGGCUCUCACCGUGUUUGACCUCAUUUGCUAGUACCAUAUUUAACUAUGCACCAUGUGCGAUUCUGAUCACAGUGGCUCUUUUGCAAAGCCCCGCUAUCAGCCAUAAACAUAGAAAAAGCUCAACUCUAAUCCUAGAAUGUUACAUCCUCCUUCGGCAAACUCCGUGGUACCCUGCAGGUUCGAUGAACACCAAAGCAAAGCACCAGCAAGACGAUACGGUGACACUACAUUGCACUUCCGUCAGAGAAAAAUGUGCGAAUGACGAAUUGGAUGGCUCCGACGGGCCCAUAGAGUUUCUCACUAUAUACAGUUGAACUCACUUAUAACAAUAUUCAAGUGCCACGAAAAUUUCAUUGUUAUAAUUGUUGUAACCGAGUUGCAUGAAAAAAUCAAAAUAAGGGGAUCGCAGAGCUCAUGUAAGAAAACUAUAAUGGCGAGGAGGCCAGUGCCCCUCCCCAUCCUCCGUCCAUUUCCUCCAGCUGGCUGCCGAUUGUGCUCACUCGUUUAACUGCUUCCUGGGCGCUCCGAUCGCGUGUAACAAGCCGCAGCUGUCAGCGUUGAAGAAUGGCACUGCUAUAACAACUGUAAAGAGGUGUCACGGGUGGCAAGCGAUAUGCGAGCAUGGCCAAAGCAUCGCUUUGGUGGCCCCAAAAGGGGCCUUUUAAGAAUUGCAAGAAAGUGGCUGCGGCAGCCUGUCAGCUUGAGAAAUCCAGAAGAAACGCCGAGGACAGAUCGCCACAAGCAUCUCGCACAAGCAUCCCGCCACGUAUUUCUCACUGGCUUGCACGAGAAAAAGUCCAUGUCCACUCAUGCUUUACGCGAAGCUUGCCGACGUCAUUCUCCAAGGCAUCCAAGUGCUCCACGUAGUGCAGCAGAAGGUUUCUCGCGAAAACGAAGCUCCGGAGGGACUGAAUCAUCUGCCAGGCCCCAUGUGAGGACAACGUGGAGGCAGCCUGCUGUGUCGCGUCGUCGCUGCCAUCAUCGCCGUCGCUAUCCGAUGCAAGCACGUUUGCGAUGAUCAUCUCAUCAGUUAGAAGCACUUAGUUUCCAAAUCUAUAGCCGUGUGCUUUCUUUUCUCCGGCAACGUCGUGCAUUGCCAAUGAUCAGCGGGCGAACCAGCCAUCUUCUGUUUUGGCGGCAAGUCAAGUGAAGCCGAGAAAUCGCUUGGCCAGGAACGACUGCGACACAACCGACAAAGACGAACGCGAGCGAUUAGGCUGUUUGCAGAACAGCGCUGAAUAAAAAGCCACCGAACAACAUGCGAGCAAUCUACUUGCGGUGCAGUUGGCACGGUCCAUUUGUGUUUCGGAGGGUGGGGCGGUGUAGAGCUAUGGGCGCAACCCAUUCUUGUUCGGAGCAGUGGAAGGGCGACGGGAGAGAGCCGCGCGGAGAUGGCUGGAAAAUAAGCGCGCGGCGGCUGUUAGAGCAGCGGCCCAUUGUACAGCGGCUCCAAUUCCUAGUUUUCUUUUUUCUUUUCAAGGAUUUUGCAUUUCACUACCUUUCUGCUUGGACAUCCAGCAGCCAGACUUCGUCGUUAUGACCGAUAAUGCGGCAGGGAGGCAUUGUAGUAAGUGGGUUAUUUCAUCAUGGAAAACAUACAAAAGUCGACGGUGCAGCAGCUUCUCAUUGUUAUAACCAAUAGAUUGUUAAGACCAGUAUCGUUAUAAGCGGGUUCAAUUGUAGUGAGAAACUAUGGACGGGCCUCUGCUUCCUUCUAUGAUGAUGAUGAUAGCGUGCAGUUGGUUUUGAUUUGUUUUACUAGCUGCGAAGUGUCGACGGAAGGAGAGUUUUGCUCUUAUGCAUGCCUUGGCGCAGGCUCAGUGUAAUUUUCUUCUAAAAUGCCAUUUUGGCUCAGGAUGGUGCAAAGGCACGCUCUCGGCGCAGUUUGGCGUAGCUGUUCCAUCACUGCUUUGAUUCAUUUAUCUCCCAAGAAAUGACCUGCAAGAGUUUAGUGAACUCAAAAUGAAGACUGGGGAGCCGGUCUGUCCUAUGCUUGAAAUACCUCGUAGUGGAUGUGCUGAGAGACGAACUGCUGGAGAGAAGAAUGGCUGAGUCUAUAAGCAGCAUAAAUAUACCAUAUUCACUCGCAUAAUGAUCUCACUCGCGUAAUGAUCGCGCCCUUAAAUUUUGUCGUCAAAAUUUGAUGUUUUUUAUUUCCCGUGUAAUGAUCGCACCCUGAACUUGUUGCAGCGAUAUGUGGUGUGCCAAGUCUAACUAAUGAUGAUCGCGCUUACCAUCUGUCGAAUGCUACGCGAAUGAUUCCUGAAGACAUACCAAGCGGUCUGCACACACCGAACAUUCUUAAGCAGAUGCCCCAUUUCAUUCCUUUUAUCACUUUCCGCACCAUAAAAAAAAAAAGCUGCAACCAAACAUGCCUCGGCUUUAUUAUUUGUAGGCUUCAUAAUGGUCUUGGUCAACAACAACAAUAUAAAGGGAGUCUUUUUAUUCCUGUCUGCAAUAGUGGGCAUGCAACAAAUCGUGAGCAGCAACAAUAGUGGCCAUGUUUACACUGAUAUGUUAGAAGUGUACCCUAUUCAUAUGCCGGCGCUUGUAACGCAGCUAAGAUAGUCACCCACCCUUAGCGGAAACAUGCCGCAUUAGGAUAGGAGUAAAGGCAUAUGCCGCAGUUUCCACAGCAUGCCCGCCAUGUGUUUCUAUGUCACUGGCAGCUAAGCGUGCCCAUCUCCGUUUCUGUCCCCUCAUAUGGAGGCGAAAUGCGAAAACACCCGUGUACUUAGAUUUAGGUGCAUGUUAAAGAACCCCAGGUGGUCGAAAUUCCCGGAGUCCCCCGCUACGGCGUGCCUCAUAAUCAGAAAGUGGUUUUGGCACGUAAAGCCCCAUAAUUUAAUGAAUUUUUCUGUCCCUUCAAACUGGACAUGGCUACGUUAUUGUUGCAAACUUGCCGAUAUUAACGAUAUUGCUAGGGAACAAUGUGGAACAAUUCAUUACUAUGGAACAAUUCAUUACUGAUAUGGAAGAAACUGUUUCAAUGCGCGUAAUGUACUCACGAGAAGAAAAAAAAAUCGUGUUCGGCGCGUUCAGCUUGUGUCUUUUUUUUAAUGUCCCACACUACAUACAGCGGCAGCCGCCUAUUUGUUGACCUGUUGUCAGCCCGCAGCAAAUGCGAGAUGAAAAAAAAAAUUUUUCUUUUUGCGGGAAAUUUAACCCGCGUAGUGAUUGUGCCCAUGAAUUUGUUUCAAUUAUUUUGGACGGAAAAGUGAGAUCAUUAUGCGAGUAAAUACGGUAACAUCUAUUCCGUUCCCAUUGUCUAUUCCUUCCUAUUUGCAUUUCGCAAUGUGUGGCUUAGUGUGGUGUUGGUUCACUCAGGCACUGCAAGUUCCGCCGUUUAUGUACUCCCUCGUUGAUCAAGUUGCAAGCCUGCACUUCACUGGGAAAAUUGUUGUCGAAGCCUAUCCAUUCAGUUCUGCAAUUAACUGCACGCAAGAGAUACACUAAGAGGUCCAAUAUUGAGACCAAGCCCUGUGACAGAGCACCAUUGUUCUGUUGCUGUACCCAUGCACAGCCAUUGCUCGUUUCCGCUUCAAGCUUUGUUUCAUCAAUCUGUGCUUACUGUACCAUCCUGGAACGUUUUCAUUUCGUAAGUGAAAGGAAGUCAACAUGUAUGCACGCACCCAUUUUAUGUGGCCAUGGUUUAUUCUUUCACAUUAUUUGCUUUGUAAUUUCGCAGCCAAACAAAUAAUGCAACAUAUUUUUUCACAUUGUGUUAGUGCAUGUCAGUUCGCUUAAUUCGGGAAAUUUGAAGAGAAUUGGCAAAAUUUUAUAGCUGUGUUUUGCAUAGAUGUGAGGAAGAAGUCUGAACUUUGGUAAAUGUUAAGCAAUGUUCUUUCUUUCUAAAAGUUUUAUUGUCGGUCAUAGCAGUGAUACUCCAUGGUGAUAAGUUCGAAUCAAUGGUACUGACCCCCAGUCUGACAUUAUAUUCUAUAGCUAUUCUGAGAGCCGCAGCCAAAACAAUUUUUCUUAGGAGCUAGCUAAAAUGUGUAUCUAGUGAAAUGCCCAAAGGAGCGCUUAUGACCAACAAGACGCUCGGGUAUUUUUUUUAUUUAUUUUAUUUAUUUAUUUUUGUGUGGACGAAAUAUCGAGACGAAAAGGCUCGGCAAGCCGUUAGAAAAUGGCAGUUUUGCUCUCCACGCACAUGACUGCAUGACAUGGGAACACGCAGAUGAAAUGAAAGUACAUCUCUCUCGCUAUGGUACAAAGUAAAACAAGAACACGUCUAAAUGUUAAUUCGUCUAUUGGAGCAACAGAUUAAGCAAAUACCUGAUGUUGUCUUGCAUAAUUCUCAAAGUCGCCCGUCGCUACACCACAGUAGUACCAUGUAUGUAGGCGCACUCUGAGCAUGGUGCCCACGAGGAGAAGGGCAAACGUUUAACAUUCCAGCUCUUGUCGUGGCGCAUAGCGGACCUUGCAGGCACGAUCAUUGGUGUGCGUUGUGUGUGCUGCGCUUGUCAGUUCGAAAUGGCUAGACCUGGCGAGAGGUCCUUUAAAAGAAGUGUCAUUGUCAUUUCUGCAUACGAAGAAGACAGUAACUCGCAUACGUAAAUGCAAGCUUCCAUUUGUGUCUCAAUGUUGUGGCUUGUUACUGUUACCUUCUGGCAUGAUGUACCCAGUACUGGCGAGUCUCAAACUUUUUAAAAGCCUUACCAAUACACAUAUGGCGGACGUAGGUUUGCAUACAAAUGCACUGCAACAACGCGGUCAGUCAAAAAAUAAAAGAAGGUAAUGGCCAAACGAGGUGCAUGUAUUGGCUUGUGGUUCUUUUUGCAUUUCAUGAUUAGAGCUGUGAAGGCUGCUAUGCCAGUCUGCAUUUCAUUGCGACACAGGGCUUCCCUUCAUUCUUGGUAAGGGUGCACAAAUGUUUUAAAGCUUUUGAAUAAUGAAUGAGACUGUCACAAUUUGCAAAUUUAUUGUUUCUUUUGUGUCUGUCCCUCUCGCUAUGUAUAUGCCGAGUUGGUGGUGAAGUAUGGCGACAGCCACUACAAAUGUCCACUAUUAAAGGGAACACUCGAGUGAUGUCCUGCAAAAAGUGCAAUCAUUCAGAUUUGCAGCAGAUAACUUGUGGCUGGCAGCUCUGAUUCCUUUGGACACACAUUGCCUCCAGUCAUUUGCAGCCAGCAAAGUGAAUGGACCAAACAUCGCUAGCAGCUCGGCACGACUCUUUUUGGACACGCGUGUCUUGAAAUGCAGAAAGUGAAUCGCUGCUCGUGCUUCAACCAACUCUUCUGAUGGAUGUCGCCCAUUUGGUUUUGAUGCCCUAGCGUAGUGCAUAGAAUGCAAUUUUUUACAUUCCACUAAAACUACAGAAACAUGUGCUCAUUUUGAUGCCUGUCGUAUACACAUGCUCAAAAUUUAUGGUACCAAUAGUAUGAACUUUAUGAAUGCCCCUUGUUGUGAUCACGUUUGUUAUUUUUUGUACUGUGUUCGAUGAAUGCUUGUACACUGAAGUUUUCUGCAAUCAGAUGUGAUGGCCUUAUGAGACAUUUGUACAGUUUAACCAUGGGAUAGCAAAGUGUAAAAUCUGCAAUUUGCUUCCUUAUAUCGAAAUUUCACAAUAUUGAAAUUCGACCUUUUGUGCAAUAAGUACAGUCGCUGAUAGAUUUUUCUUACACAGAAAGGUCUGCAAUAUUUUCCAAAUUAUCGAGCAAUGAGAAAAAGAAAAUAAUUUUGUUGAAUUUCAGAACUGGCAACGGAAGAAGCUCUCCCCCCACCCACCCUUUAUGCACAGGAAGACAGUGCCUGGCUAAGCCUUGCACGCUUUCACUUGCGCAGGAGCAUACAGCAUGCGGGCAUGAUUGGUUCUUAUUCCACUUGAAUUUUGUAAUUCGACCAUUUGGCCAACUGCAGCCACGGAAGUUUCCAUUUCUUGUGUCUGUAUUCCUUAGCGACGACACUGAAAUAGUGUACCAAUAUAGUGAGCUUAUUAUUUCGAGGUUCUAAAUACAUGGUGUUCUAAGGAUGAGACGUUAUAAAAGCUAAACACAUAAUGGUAGCAUUCUCUCGCAGUAAGAUUGUUGAGAGCCAACCUGGCUAGCAGUGUUUUGAAUGCUUUUGUGGUGUCUGUGCGUUCUCCUAGGGCCAUUGACUGACAGUUUUCUUGUUCUAGGUGCCUUGGAAUUGUGUGAUCCUUGCUCAUGUUCAAAAGUUCUGCAAAUGUGUACUGUCAUUUUGUAUCCGCCUAGGCUCCAAGAAGUUUUCAUGUGGAGCCAUUUUUUUUUUGCAAGAAUCUCUCGACAGCUUGUGAUCGUUUACUCAAACGCAUGGAAUGAAAAACUUUGUACAAAAAUGAAUAAAAAUGUCCUGUACACUGC